AUGCGUGCUUCAAAUAUACUUGUAUUUGUUAUAAGCGCACUGACGCUUUCAUCAUGUUCUGGGAGGAAAUUUCCACCUGGCUUCAAGUUUGGAGCAGCCACUGCGGCCUACCAGGUCGAGGGUGCUUGGAACGUAAGCGAUAAAAGCCCAAGCAUAUGGGACACGUUCACGCAUGACCAUCCAGAGCAGAUCUUGGAUGGUUCCAACGGAGACGUCGCCUGCGACUCCUACCACCUUUGGGAGCAAGACAUCCAACUAGCUAAGGACUUGGGGCUGCAUUUUUACAGAUUUUCGCUGUCAUGGCCACGCCUCCUGCCUAACGGUUUUGCCAACCACAUAAGCGAAGAUGGUUCACGAUACUAUAACAAUCUGAUCGACGGUUUGAUAGCAAAUGGCAUUGAGCCCAUGAUCACGCUCUUCCAUUGGGACUUGCCGCAGAAUCUGCAGGAUUUAGGUGGCAUGACCAAUCCACUCAUAGCGGAAUGGUUCGGAGCCUACUCUCGUGUGGCCUAUACUUUAUUUGGUGAUAGAGUCAAAACUUGGUCUACCUUCAACGAACCUCUAGCUAUUUGUGACGUGGCCUAUGAGGGUGGUAAGCUUGCUCCAGGAAUAGCUAGUCCAGAAACAGGCAUUUAUUUAUGCGCUAAAAACCUGAUGAUAGCCCAUGCGACGUCUUAUAGAAUUUAUAAUGAGGAAUUCAGGGCGAAGUAUAAUGGUAAAGUCGGCAUAGUCAACCACCAUGUGUGGUUCACUCCAUACUCUUCUGAAUACGAAGAACUCACUCAUCUUACCAGAGACCUUGGAUUUUUGUACUCCCACCCCAUAUACUCGGAGACGGGUGGGUGGCCGCCCAGCGUUGAGGCUUUUGUAGCUAGCAAGAGUGAGAAAGAAGGAUACUCCACGUCUAGGCUACCUAAGUUUACUGCUGAAGAAAUUGAAUUUGUGAAAGGUACCGCUGACUACUAUGGUUUUAACUACUACACAUCCCGAUUGGUCCGCGAAGCCAACAACAGCACCGUUUUCGCCUGGCCGUCCAAUGGGAACGCUGAGCUGAAUGUGGAACUGAUCCCAGAUCCCAACUGGGACGCUGGCUUGGACUGGCUCGUGAGCUAUCCUCCCGGUAUCCGCGCGCAGCUAAAUCUGAUAAGGGAAUAUUACGGGAAUGUCGAGAUUAUCAUCACGGAGAACGGUUUCUCCACCUCCACUGAUGAGUUGGACGACGUCACCAGGACGCAGUACUUCCGGGACCAUCUGGAGCAGGUGCUGUUAGCUAACACAGAGGACGGCGUCAAUGUGACCGGGUACACCGCGUGGUCGCUCAUCGACAACUAUGAGUGGAACAGCGGAUAUACGUCUAGAUUCGGCAUAGUGCGUGUGGAUUUCACGGACCCGCUUCGCUCGCGCACGCCUCGCGCGUCCGCAGAGUACUACGCUGACGUUAUCCGCCAUCACUCCCUAUAAAUGAUGCCGUUUCCACUAUUUGAUUGUUUUAAAUAAAAUGUUCAAGAGCAUC